GAGUGAGAGAUACAGACACAGCAUCCUCACAGUCAGACACAUUUCUGCUGCUACCGCUGCUGCUGCUGCUUGAGGGUGGGUGGGUGACGAACCCCUUGAGGGUUGAUCAGUGGGAUUCAGUCCCCCCCAAAUAGCUGGAAACUGCCAGAGAGAGAGGGAGGACAGGAGCGGAGAGAGAGGAGGUGAGACGUGUUUGGCACAAUAGAAUACAACUCUUGCUUUCCCUCCUUAGCCAACCUUUUUCAGAUCCAUCCCCCCAAGCAGUCCUUUAACUGCCUCAUCAACCACACUCCUGGCUCCCAUACCCAUGGCGACACCUCCAGCAGAUACAGGGCCACCCCCUGAGGGUCAAGCUGCUUCUCCUGAGCCUGCAGCCCCUGUCUCCACAACUACUGUGGUUGUUAUAGAGGAGCCACAGUCACCACAGGAGGCCACUGGAUCAGAGGUUGAGCAUCAUGUGACCAUCCAAUCAAAAUCUCCCUCCCUCAAUGACCUGAAGUCUCAGCCGGCUGCUAAUGGAGGACCUCGUGCCCCCAGCUUGAGUGGCUCAGAAGGUCGCCUCGCACAGCCAGUUUCUAAUUCACCCAGACCAAGUCUUUGCAGACAAGAAUCUACCGCCACAGCCAGUGGAGCCCAGGAAAAGCCCAAAGACUAUCUGUUUAUUGCCAUCCUAUCCUGCUUCUGUCCAAUGUGGCCUGUCAACAUUGUGGGCUUUGCGUACUCCCUCAUGUCUCGCAACAGCCUGCAGCAGGGGGAUAUCGAUGGAGCUUUCCGUCUGGGCCGUGUGGCCAAACUCCUGAGCAUUGUGGCUUUAGUUGGAGGCGUGCUGAUCAUCAUCUUAUCCUGUGUCAUCAAUUUUGGAAUUUUGUGAGUUGGUGACACGUGUCUCCUCUUGGAUGUUUGGGGGGACCAUGACAUCCAUCGCUGAUCCGUCACACUGCCCACAGAGACACCAGCUAGAGACAUCCUUGGAAGAGUGCGUGCGAGUGUCCAUGACAGAGAGAAUAAGUGUUAUUGAAAGUGUUUGAGGUCUGAGUGUCUCUUCAUCUUUGUGUUCCUUUUUUAAUGCUCAUAUAAAAAUGCAUCUUUCUGUUCUUUCUUGUGAGGAUAAAGGGGAUUGUUUUUGGUUUGGCAUUCAGUCACAGGGAACGAAACACAUCAAUAGCCAGCUACAUGUAGCUGCAAUAGGGAAUUCUAAUUUAUAGGCUAACCAUGUCACAGUCACAUGGAACAGGCAUUAGCUCAUGCUUUUAUUCUCUAAGGGUCAGGCCACACUGGGCGUUUUGGGGCGAUAUGGUCAUCUGGCGAC